CCGCCCCCCCGGGGCAGCGACCCCCGCGGACGGUGCCGCGGAGCCCAGGAAAACAAUGAUCAGGAGAAAACUUGGAAGCUUUGAGCUGCUCUGGUGAAUAUGGGGAUAUAAAAAAAUUUUGCAUCUGAAGCAUCUCUGCCCCUUUUUCAAAUGGAUGAGUUCUGAGCAUGGAACUAUUAGCUACCUAAAGCAGCAACUUCUUUCACUGUGUAACUUGGAGGGGAAAAUGAAUUUCACAAAUUGCACCACUGAAGCCAAUGUGGCUGCAAAGCCAAAAACAGUAACUGAAAAGAUGCUUGUUACCCUGACCUUGGCCACAAUCACAACCCUGACUAUGCUGCUGAAUUCUGCUGUGAUUGCAGCAAUCUGCACAACCAAGAAGCUCCACCAGCCGGCAAAUUAUUUAAUAUGUUCACUAGCUGUGACAGAUUUGCUUGUUGCUGUUCUCGUCAUGCCCUUGAGUAUCACUUACAUAAUGAUAGAUAAAUGGACUUUGGGAUACUUCAUCUGUGAGAUCUGGCUCAGUGUUGACAUGACCUGUUGCACGUGUUCUAUUCUUCAUCUUUGUGUCAUUGCUCUGGAUAGGUACUGGGCAAUCACAGACGCUAUCGAAUAUGCCAGAAAAAGAACGGCAAAAAGAGCUGGGCUGAUGAUAGUCACUGUGUGGACAAUCUCCAUUUUCAUAUCAAUGCCCCCUUUGUUUUGGAGAAAUCACCACAGUAUCACCGUUCCCAGUGAGUGUCGCAUUCAACAUGAUCAUGUCAUCUACACUAUUUAUUCCACAUUUGGGGCAUUUUAUAUACCCUUGACUUUGAUCCUGAUCCUGUACUACAGAAUCUACCAUGCUGCAAAGAGCCUUUACCAAAAACGGGGUUCAAGCCGCCACCUCAGCAACAGGAGCACAGACAGCCAAAACUCUUUUGCCAGCUGCAAGCUCACACAGACAUUCUGUGUCUCAGACUUCUCCACAUCCGAUCCAACCACGGAGUUUGAUAAAAUCAACGCGUCUGUGAGGAUCCCUCCUUUUGAAAAUGAUUUGGACAUGGCUGGUGACCGGCAGCAGAUUUCUACAACACGGGAACGAAAGGCUGCUCGCAUUCUGGGGCUGAUUUUAGGUGCUUUCAUUUUGUCUUGGUUGCCAUUUUUCAUUAAGGAGUUGCUUGUGGGCCUUCACAUUUUCACUGUCUCUCCAGAAGUAGCUGACUUCCUGACCUGGCUUGGAUAUGUCAACUCCCUUAUCAACCCUUUGCUGUACACUAGCUUUAAUGAAGAUUUCAAGCUGGCCUUUAAAAAGCUCAUCAGGUGUCGAGAACAUACUUAAAAGUACUGGGAGAUGAUGGUGACAUGACUCCUGGCCUUAAGAAUGAGUAAAAUAAUUUGACUCCAUCACAAUUUUCCUUGAUAGAGGAGAUUUUUGUGUUUGCCCAUUUGCUUGACUUCUCUUCAGCCUGUAAUUCAUUCUGCUGUUUUUUACCUCUGGUGUUAUUCAUGGUAAAGAGUUUGGAAUAAAUUUUGUUCUACAAAGGCACAGAUUUUUUAGCAAGAAAACAAAAAAGAAACUAUUAGGUAUUCUUGUUUAAGGCAUUUUGUCUAAUCAAUGAUUCAAGAAAGAAAACAGUAUCCACAAUUUGUUUAUACGUCUUUCAUUUAAGAAUAGAAUGUCUAAUUUAACAUGCACUGUAGUAAUAUAAAGGUUUAUAAAUGGAAUCCCAUAAAUACUUACUCAGAAAUUAAUAAGCACUUCAUGGUCACAACAGUUAAACAGUAAAUCUUUACUGCGGCAUUCUGAGAAAAUUGUAACAGCCAUUUAACACCAUUACCAGCUCAGGCCAUGGCAGAAUAAACCAUUCUGUUCUUUUUAUACCUGCAGAAAUUUACAGUAAAUAUACCAUCAUAACAGAAAGCAGAGUUCAGUUCCUCCCUUCUGAAAAGGGAUCCUAGUUUGUACUCCAUGGUAUUUGUUUAAGUGGCUGAUUGUGUGUAACAUUCUUGAGACACAUCUGUACAGUUUGUUUGGUAACUGAGAAAACAAAGCUAGCAAGCGUCACAUGUGUAGGACCAGCUGCACCUCUGACUGGUCACGUUUUUAAUAUCACUAAACAUAUCUCUUCAGGUCUCAGGCCUUGUGCCUUAGUCGGUUGUGUAGUGGAAUUAUUCAGUUUUUCCACCCUUCAGCUGGACGUUGCAGAACCCCCUGGAUCAACCAGUCUCACCCCACAGACUUACCUGGACAUCUUCUCUGCAGGCCAGCGAUACACAGUGUUCAGAACAAUCUUCUAAAAAAUUAUUUUUUGUUUGAACAGCAGCAAAAAAAAAAAAAAAAAAAAAAAAGGAGAGAGUGUUUUAGACAGCAAUCUACACGUCUGCCUCGCCUUAAUCCUACGAUACCCAGUGGCACCCUUGUUAGCAUAACCUAUGAUCGUGCACCUCUAGCAAGAUUUCUUAGAUCUUAUUCCGGGAUUCCUCCAAAGAGUUACUUCCCUUGUCUUGAGAGAGAGAGACCGAGAUAGUUCUUAGUAUCCUGCCUUCUGUCCUCAUGGAAGUUAAAGUGUUCCAGUUCAAACAGUUCGGAAAUCAGUCUCGGAAGAGGCAAAAUCAAAGCUAAGAAUAUGGUAUUUUCCAUUAGUAACUCUUAAGCACUGUUUAAAUAUUGACUACUUAUCUUGAGCCAUUAUUUUCCUUCCUAUCCAUUUCCCUGGACAGAUUCUUGUUAAAUUAUACUGAUACACCGUGCAGAAAAUAUCACAUACAUCAACCUGAUAUGCAAUAACAGUGAACUAUGGUAUGGCAGCUUCCAACCCAUCAAAACAAAUAUUAAAGGCAGCAGAAGUGUUGUAGCAGCAUUGGAAACCAGCUCUAAAAAAUGCUUUGAAAAUUUUUGACGUGACAAUCAUUUUUCUUAUCAGGAGUCAAGGAAGUGUAAGUAACACAUGAGUAAUAAAGUCCAGAUGGAGUUGAGAAAUGACAUCCUUACUUCCACGAAAAAGCAUUCAGCUGGAAAGAUGCAGUGCUGCAAGCAGAGUGUAAAUCAAGUCUGAAUGUGACAGAAGUGUGACCUACAGCCUACCCACAUGCAGUGGGAUUCUGCUUUUAAUGACUACCAGUUUUCUAUGCUUGAAUUUAGGAGUUUUAUCACCAGUUGCCCUUCUGAAGUUAUUGUCACAGCUGCCUUCCCCAACUGCCUUUAGGUUCCAUACAAGCUAAUAAUAACAUCUACAAAGAGGGCAAAAAGAAAUCUUAACCCCUGAAAAUGUCUUCUAGUGGGGAAGCUGGGAGAUCCAUUGUGGUCUUCCCUUUGUGCAGCUUGUUGGAGGUGGAAACUAUCCAUGGAAACUGCGGAGGACUGCCCUGAUCAUACCUACCUGUAGGUAUGAUCUAUAAAACUUCCAAAGCAACUUGCCAGAAUACCUACGCUACUAGAAAAAAAAAAAGGAAAAUAAUGAAAAAAGGCAAGCAAUUAAAAGACUAAGAAGUAUUUAUAAGGACUAUUGCAGAAUGACUUUAUUUUUUCUUUCAGCAGGCUCAACAGAACUUACUAAAAAAGGACAAAGAUUGUGCAUAAUUUCCACAAAUAAGGUGACUGUUGCAUGGAAAGCUGGACAUUUGUUGCUAAAAGAGAGUAAAUUUUAGCAUGUCUCAUGCAGUUUACAGCUCUGCUACAAAGGUGCCCAACCACACUACCAAUUAGGGAGGGAAAGGUAAACAUCCAAGACUGCACUAGCAGGAAGUUUGAAAAAGGCAGUAAGUACAAUGGGAGAAAACACUCAGAAGCUUCCUGAUCCAUGCUGUGUCUCAGGGGGACCAGGGUAUGUCAAAUUACAGUAAGAGGUAGGGAGGAAUAAGGCUCUGCCUCUCUUCACAUGAGGCAAGUGAUCUUCCUGCUAAGAGCCUGCUGUGGCCCUGACAAUGUGAGCACGGACCUACAGAGAAGAAAGCACUUCCCGGAUUUACGAGUUUCUGGAGUGCACAAAGGUCACCAUUUCAAAAUCAGAGCUGAGGGAUUUCCUGAGUGACUUUACCCAGAGUGCAUAUGUUGUCAUGGCUCUCCUGACCAGGAGAGAUGGCCAGAUUUUCUCUUUCAGACUUUGUGUCCUUCCUGUUGUGCCUCUCCUGCAGGCACAACUAACCUGAGAGCAUCUUCAAGAGUGUAACCAUGACCAUAUACUGGGCCCAUAGAGUCCAAUUCCUGCCUCCUCCAAACAGUGCAGAUUUAUGGUAAUGACACCACCGACUCGCACUUCCACAGACAGCCAGAGACCCGGAGAAAGAAAGUGAAGGAUGCUCACUCCGGGUCACUCUGGCCGACACAAGGGCACAAACUGUGCCCCCAGCGAGACCAUGGGUGAUGGUCCCCCCCAGCAUUAGAUAGGCUGCAGCUCUGCCUGGCAGCACAGACCAUCAUGGCCACACAAAAUUACUGAGGUUGGACGGGAUCUCUGGAGGCCAACUAGUCCAACCUCCACCCAGCAUCCCUCAAAGCAAGGGAAAGCUCACAGCUAGCUGCCCACUGCUGACACAUGAUGGGCAGAGUUACAUUUCUCACGCAACAGGCUCUGUAAAGCAGGUGGCUGAUGCCUUUGCUUGUUUAUGGACAGAAGUGUGGCUAAAGGGCCAAAAAUGAUGAACAUGAUCUCUACAGAAGCUAUUGUAGGUAGACAGAAAUGCUUCAGAGACAGAUAUUAGAGCUGUAAAAUUGAGGAGCUCCAUCAUCUUCAUUUCUAUUAAUGUCCUUUUUUUCUUUUCUGAUCUCCACUACUACCACUCAAACCACCAAUCAGUGUCAGGUUGAAGACUGUCUUUAAUUUUAAUAUUUAGAAGUAAUUAACAGGAAAAAAACAGAUGGACAGCUAAUUUUUGUGCUUCCCUGUUAAAUAAAGACUCAACAUUCACUGCCAGCUAACUACUGCUUUCCUAAUUAAGUCAUUAGCUAAACACAGAGCUAUGUUUUCUAACAAAUAUCACUAGACUGAUGAAGAUGUCCUGCACAUUUUCCCCACGCACAGACUCAAAGUCAGGAACAGCUUAAGGGACUGUUUACUUGCAACAAUUUAAUUUGAUCAGAAAUUACCUGUCAACUGAUGGAAAUAAAAACUUUCACUAGUC